GCUGGGCGGGAGGUUGGAGUAGGAAGUGAGCCCCAGAGCAGAGGCUGAAGGGACCUGAAGGCCAGGAGGGAGCCUAGCAGAGCUUGGUGGCCCAUAGCCCGCCCCUCUGCCUCCUGUAAGGCCGCCUGCAGGUGCAGCAGUGAUGGCUUCAAUGGGUCCUCCAGGGCCUGGAUCCUGGUACUUCUAAUGUCAGUUCUGAUCAUGGCAGAUACAGGUCUGACAGGCCAGAACCAGGCUUGCCAGGAGUAUGGGACUCGCCAGGCGGCUGGAACUCAUCCAGAGACUGGGACUCGACAGGAGGCUGGGAGCCUUUCUCAGGGGGAGACCCGCCAGGAAAAUGACCGAAUACUAAAUGGCAAAGACUGUCAACCCCAAACCCAACCAUGGCAGGCAGCUCUGUUUCUGCGACCAAACAGACUCUAUUGUGGGGCAGUGCUGGUCCAUCCACAAUGGGUGCUCACUGCUGCGCACUGCCAGAAACCAGCCUACUCUGUUCGUCUGGGCCGGUAUCAUCUCCAAGGGAUCGAUCCGGGUCAGAGGAUUCUCCGUGGCGUCAAGUCCUUUCCUCACCCCAAAUAUACCCGGCCAGCUCACUCUAAUGAUCUCAUGUUAAUUAAAUUGAACGGAAGGGUCUCCAUGACACCAAGCAUCAAAACCAUCAAGAUCUCAACUCAGCCCCCAAGACCUGGUACCCAGUGCCUUGUUUCAGGCUGGGGAACCACCAGUAGCCCUCAAGUCCACUAUCCCCAGGUUCUGCAAUGUCUUAACAUCACGAUCAUGUCUCAUGAGGCCUGCCAGAGGGCCUACCCCGGGGCGAUUGAUUCUACCAUGUUCUGUGCCGGAGAUGAAGUGGGCAAGGACUCCUGCCAGGGUGAUUCAGGGGGCCCUGUGGUCUGCAAUGGAUAUCUUCAGGGCCUGGUAUCCUGGGGGGAUGUUCCCUGUGGACAGCCCAACAAGCCUGGGGUCUACACCAACCUCUACGUCUUCGAAAAAUGGAUUGAAGACACCAUCAAAAACAACUCUUAAAUUAAAGAGGACUCUGGCAUGUAGGUCCCUAACCUAUAUCCUAUUCAGAGUCCCAGGAGUUUAGGUCUCAGGUUUCCAGCCUUUAUUCCCUAUUGCCUCAGAGAUCUAGGCAUCCCCAUUUCUAUAUAGCUCAGGGACAUAAGUCAAUUAGAUCCCCAACUCUUGUCUCCUCAGGACCAAGGAUCUGACCCUCUAGUCACUGUUCCCUACAGGUAACCAGGUAUUUGUAUAGCCUUCCCCAAAUUUUACUCUAUUUGAAGAUUAAGGAGACUAAGGAAUUAAGUCAUUUAACCAGCAAAUCCCUGUCAAAGAUUAUGCAUUCUUUUCUCAACCCUUACCUUCUGUUUUAGAAUUAACACUAUGUACUGGUUCCAAGGCAGAAUUGUGGUAAGAACUAGGCAAUGGGGGUUAAGUGACUUGCCCAGGGUCACAUAGCUGGGAAGUGUCUGAGGCCAGACUUGAACCUAGGACCUCCCAUUUCUAGGCCUGACUCUCAAUCCACUAAGCCACCUAGAGCCUUCAUUAUUGACCUUCCCUUUGACCCUAGGUGAUCACUAGUGCCACCUGGGGGACAAUACUAAGAAAAGGGGAGCCAGUAAAGAAUUAGGAGGAGAUGUCUCCAUUCAGGAACCUAAUGGGCAGUCUCCUUCUCAUCUAUUUUCCCAACUCCAACUUGAUGGCCUCUGAAGUUCUUUUCAACUCCCUAAUUAUGAACCUAAAGUUCUUCUGGACAAGGAAGGCAUCUGAACAUCUGGAUCAUUGCUUGGCUAUCUUCCAUGACCUCCCUUGUCAACACUAAUCUCAACGUUGGCCUGAAGAGGAGUGAGGAGUAUUCCCUGGCAGAGAUAUCCUAGGAAAGGGAAUAAGAACAAAAUCUACAACCUGGGAGAGUUGUUGCAUGGAUGACUUUUUGGAUGACAUGGAUGACACUGGUUUGUACCUGGGGCUGAUGAGGCUUCCUCUCCUCUAGGAAUGAAGAAGAUUUAUCCUAAGACAGCUGAGGUUUUCCUCUGGAGGACCAAGGAAGACCAGUGGAGAUUUAUCCUGAAAACAAUAAAUAUUUCAUCUGGGAGCUACACAGUCCAUAGAGGGAACAACUACUGGCAACCACUGGUACCAAUGAGACAGAUGAAGGAAUCUUAUAGGGUAGGGAUGAGACUUCUUAGAACCAAUAAAUGUUCAUUGUGGGAUAAUAGUUCUUCUUUGGAGUAAUGGUUCCUGAAGUCUCACACUCUUUUACUUAAGAUGAAUAAAGAUUUCUCUUGAUCUUGAUGAA